AUGGGCUCUAUUAGGACAUACGUUUAUAACUACCUAUUCUCCCGUGGUUUAGGUGGUAAGGUCAUCCUUCGUAUGGAUGAUACGGACAGUUCUAGACUGAAAAUUGGUAGUGAGCAAGAUAUACUAUCUGGAUUGAAAUGGCUUGGGUUGCUUUGGGACGAGGGGUUGGAGGUAUCUGGAAACUAUGGCCCUUAUUAUCAAUCACAACGAAAUAACAUUUACACGUUAUAUGCUAAUAAGUUAAUUGAAGAAGGUAAAGCAUAUCGUUGUUUUUGCACAAAGGAAGAAAUCGAUUCUAAACGUGAAAAGGCAAUUGAAAAUGGAAUUCCGUACAAGUAUGACAAACUUUGUAGAAAACUGGAUGAUAAGACUUUGUCCGAAAAUUUGAAGAGUAAUAAACCAUAUACUAUUCGCAUAAAAUCUAACGAGACAUACGAUCACGACUUUAUAUUACUAAGAUCCAAUGGAGUAGCAACGUAUAAUUUUACUACAAGUGUUGAUGACUAUUUGAUGAAAAUAACACAUGUUAUAAGAGGGAUUGAGCAUCAUGAUAAUACAUUAAAACAAAAGCAAAUAUUAGAGGCACUUGGUUGUAAAAUACCAGAAUACAUACACUGUUCUUUGGUAUUGAAUCCAAACAAGACAAAAAUAAGUAAACGCGAUGAUAACUACAUUACAGUAUCCAAAUUAAGGAAUGAAGGGAUAUCUCCGUUGGUAUUAAUAAAUUACUUGGCGUUGCUAGGAACAAGUUAUGCAAAUUCUGGGACUGUCUAUGGCUUAGAUGAUCUCGUAAAACUAUUUUCAUUGGAUAUGAUAACCAAUGUCCCAAUCGUAUUUGAUUAUGAUAGACUAAAAUGGAUGAACAAAUUGUAUAUAACCAGCAUUGAUAUUGAAACAUUUUUACACGAACUUUUCGAACAUAUUGAUUUUCUUGAGGAAAACGAUAAUCUAAAAAUGGACUCCAAAUCACUUAAACUUAUCGCAGAAAGAAUUGUAUGCCCGUUUAAGAAGCAGACGCACACAUACAAAGAAUUCGUAUCAAUCAUAUACAAUAGUUUAGCCUAUGACGCUCCACACUUUGAAGAUCUAAAUGAUAAAGGUAUGAUCACACAAGCCCUUAAUGAUUUUAAAACAAGGAUAGUUGAGCUUACCAAAAAAUGUAGUCAUAGUGAAGAAUUAUACUCUAACUUUCUUAACGUUGUAAAGGAACUUGAGAAACUAAAAUCAGCUAAAUACAACAUAAGUACCAUAAGAUACAUGAUGACAGGGCACAAAUCCGGUCCUCCAUUCAUGGAAAUGGUAAAAAUCUGGAAAAUCGCAGAAGAAUAUAAGAUUGAGAAUUUUAUAACGCUGAGGGAGCGAAUCGCAAUUCUAGACAGUCUAAAAAUUAAAGUAUAA